AUGUAUAUUUUAUUGAAUAAAUUGGAUAAGGAAAACCUUUUUUCUAUUUCCUGACUAAUUUAUUUAUACAUUCUGUUCACUGUUUUACUGAGCAUGUGCAAUUCAUGUUUCUCUUGACAGAAAUAUAUAUCUGUAAUGCUGAAUGAAACACACAACCACAUCAAAUAUAUUUCUUUUCAAGAGAACUAUUAAAAAAAAUAAUUAUCAAUAACAAUGACUAGCCUUCUUGUGAAACAAAAUUCUGGUUUAAUUAACAUUUCAUAUUUACUUCAACGAUCACAACCUGUUCUUUCCUUUCAAUGGUGUGGAUACGUUCAUGAUAUUAAAUUAAACGUUGCUAAUGGUCCUAUCAGAGUUUUAAAAGAAAAAGUAACUAAAAAAGAAUUAAUGAACGAUGAUCAUCAAUUGAAAGUAGUUAAAAACUUACAAAGAAUAUAUGAUGAAGUUCAUGAAUAUAAACCAGAUCACUUUAAUAUAUUAGGAAAAUGGUUUGGAUGGAGAAAAAAGGAAACACCUAAAGGAUUGUAUAUUUAUGGUGCUGUCGGUGGUGGUAAAACCAUGUUAAUGGAUCUUUUUUAUAAUUGUUGUCAGAUUGAAAAUAAGAAACGAGUACAUUUUCAUUCCUUCAUGCUUGAUGUUCACAAGAAAGUUCACGAGGUUAAGAAGACUAUAGUGAGAGAUACCAAUAGUACUAAACUUCAACCAUUUGAUCCGAUACCACCAGUAGCAGCUGCUAUUACAGAAGAAGCUUGGUUACUAUGUUUUGAUGAAUUUCAGGUGACUGAUAUUGCAGAUGCAAUGAUAUUAAAACGAUUAUUUACCGAAUUAUUCAAUAAUGGUGUGAUUGUCGUUGCAACGAGUAAUAGAUCACCUGACGACUUAUACAAGAAUGGAUUACAAAGAGGAAAUUUUGUACCUUUUAUUAAAGUCUUAAAAGACCACUGCUUAGUUGAAACGUUAGAUUCCGGUAUUGAUUACAGGCUGAGGGCUGGAUCUGGAGAUAAUAAAAUAUAUUUUAUAAAAGGGAAAGACGUGGUAAAAGAUGUGGACAACGUUUUCAAAUAUUUGUGCUCAAAGGAAAAUGACAUUGUUAGAGCACGUACGAUUUCUAUAAAAGGUCGUAAUGUAAAGUUUCAAAGAACUUGUGGUAGAGUUUUAGACUCCACGUUUGAUGAAUUAUGCGAUAGGCCUCUUGGUGCUAGCGAUUACUUGGAAUUAAGUCAAGCUUUUCAUACAGUAAUAAUAAGAGAUGUUCCACAAUUAAAUCUUCGAUUAAAAUCUCAAGCAAGAAGAUUUAUUACUCUGAUCGAUACCUUGUAUGAUAGCAAAGUAAGAGUUGUAAUAUCUGCCGCAGUACCACACACACAAUUAUUUUUACCAGAAGGCGACAGUGAAUAUACAGACGAAAAACGAAUGUUAAUGGACGAUUUAAAAAUCUCGAACGAUUCCGCCGAUCAUAAGUCUAAUAUUUUUACUGGCGAAGAAGAACUGUUUGCCUUUGAUCGCACUAUAUCUCGAUUAGCUGAAAUGCAAACAACUCAAUAUUGGGAACGAUGGGAACAACAUAGAUAAUGAUAGUAUCGUUUUAGUACAAAUUAGUUUGCUAGUAUAAUUUGUUAGUAUUUACUUAAAAUUAACUAUAGUUCAAAUUUAAUUAAUACAUUAUACUUUGUAUUGAAUUACUUAA